GUGAUGAUUCAUGCUUUAUAAAAGAUAUGCGCAUUGGGCUUAUUCUCGUAUGAUUGUGAAGGUGCGCCAAGUCUGCCAUAUUGCUAUGAAAAGGGAUUUUGAAUAUAUUAAUACAGUUCAGGAGGGUAGUGAGGAUACACAUUCACAGGUCCGCCAAAUGCAUUUAGUUGCACCAUUAGACAAGCAUUUCCCUUUACUCUAUGCUAUUCUGAAGGAGCACAUUGCAGAUGAUGUUGACUACAAGGUUCUUGUUUUCUGCACAACCGCUAUGGUCACAAGACUUGUUGCUGAUCUCCUUGGGGAGUUGAACUUGAAUGUGAGAGAAAUCCAUUCAAGAAAGCCUCAGAGUUAUAGAACCAGAGUUUCUGAUGAAUUCCGGAAGUCAAAGGGUCUCAUCUUGGUUACUUCGGAUGUAUCUGCACGUGGAGUUGAUUAUCCAGAUGUUACUCUUGUUGUACAGGUUGGUCUACCGGCUGAUAGAGAACAAUAUAUACAUCGACUAGGUAGAACGGGGCGAAGAGGAAAAGAAGGGCAGGGCAUACUGCUACUAGCUCCUUGGGAAGAGUUCUUUUUAGCUACUGCAAAAGAUUUACCUAUUGGGAAAGCUCCGGUCCCUUCAAUUGAUCCUGACACUAAGAAAAAGGUGGAAAGGGCUCUAUCCAAUGUGGAGAUGAAAAAUAAAGAAGCAGCAUAUCAGGCAUGGCUUGGUUACUACAACUCUAACAAGAAAGUGGGGAAAGAUAAGUAUAGGUUAGUGGAGCUUGCAAAUGAGUUCAGUCGAUGCAUGGGGCUUGAUAGCCCUCCAGCUAUUCCUAAGCUUGUCCUUGGCAAGAUGGGUCUUAAAAAUAUCCCUGGUUUACGUUCCAAAUAG